AAUCAACAAGAAAGUUAAUAAAAACAUAAGCAUACAUGUUAAUAUGUGGUAGCGGGUAAUCUAUAUGUGUGCUUACGUAUGUUUAUCAAGUGAAAUUUGUUCGCUAUUUGAACUUUGAUCGUAAUUACGAAAAAUCAGACAAAACAUAUAUUUAUAUUCAGUGUCACGGCUAGAUUCGAAAAAUUCAGUGAAAAAGUGUAUUUUUUAGGUCAACAUGAUAAAUACUGGAAAAUUAGCUGGUCGAACCCUUUUCAUAACGGGAGCAUCUCGUGGCAUUGGCAAAGCGAUUGCUUUGAAAGCAGCCCGUGAUGGUGCAAAUAUUGUAGUUGCUGCCAAAACAGCUGAACCACAUCCAAAAUUACCGGGAACCAUUUAUACAGCGGCCAAAGAGAUUGAAGAAGCCGGCGGAAAGGCGUUGCCACUUAUUUUGGACGUCAGAGACGAACAACAGGUUAAAUCAGUGGUGAAGAGUGCUGUUGAAAAGUUCGGUGGCAUUGAUAUUUUGGUGAACAAUGCCAGUGCAAUUUCAUUGACACCAACACUUCAGACGGACAUGAAACGAUAUGAUUUGAUGAAUAAUAUUAAUACUCGUGGUACUUUUCUUGUGUCCAAAGAAUGCAUCCCAUAUUUGCUAAAAAGUGAUCAUGCACAUAUUCUAAACUUGUCACCGCCAUUAAAUCUAAACCCAACUUGGUUUGGUAAUCAUGUGGCUUACACCAUUGCCAAGUAUGGAAUGUCGAUGUGUGUGCUAGGAAUGUCGCACGAGUACAAAGGUGAGAUCGGUGUAAAUGCGCUGUGGCCACGCACAGCCAUUGCAACCGCAGCUGUUGAAAUGUUAUUGGGUGACAAUAGUAGUCUUUACUCGCGUAAGCCGGAAAUAUGUGCAGAUGCUGCGUACUGUAUUUUAAGUCGUGAUCCGAAAACAACGACCGGCAACUUUUUCAUCGAUGAUGAAAUUUUGAAGGAAUCCGGUGUCACUGACAUGAUACAAUAUGCCUGCCAUCCGGAGAAUGCCGAUAAUCUAGUACCAGAUGCAUUUUUGGAUGUAGAGACUUCCAUAAAUAAUGUAUUCUCAAAGGCAACUAGUGGUGCUACACCGGGCCAAAUUGAAGGAUUAUUCAAAAAAAUUGAGAGCCACUUGAGCGAAGAAUUGGUACAAAAAGUAGAUGCUGUUUAUCAUUUUAAUGUAAAAGGUGAUGAGGCUGGUGUUUGGUUCCUCAAUUUGAAAGAAGGAAAAGGUAGUUGCGGCAAAGGCGAUGGUGGUGUCACACCUGAAGCCACAUUGACCAUGAAAUCGAAUGAUUUCUUCGACAUGUUUUCGGGUAAAUUGAAAGCAACGUCGGCGUUCAUGUCGGGCAAACUUAAAAUCACCGGCGAUUUAUCGAAAGCUAUGAAACUGGAGAAAUUGAUGGGCAGCUUGAAAUCAAAAUUAUAAAAAUAUUAACAUUUAUGAACGUAUUUUUGUAUUUGAGAUGGAAAUUAAUAAUUCAACAAAUUUUUUUAUUGUUAUUGUUUAUUGAAUGGAAACAUUUUUUUUAUAUAACGGCAUUGAUUUGGAAAAAAGAAGAGGAUAUUCGAAAAUGGGAGAAAAUGAUCGAGAUUUGUUAUAAUUUUAAUAUCGAAAAUAAAAAUAAACAUUGAAUCUGGAUAAGGGUA